UGGAAGCAGCUCCUGCCUGGAGUGCUCACAGCUCACAGAACCUGCUGGAUAGACUACGGUGAGACAGCAAGCUCUCAGCAAAUCCAAGCCAGCAGCCCCAGAUGAUUGACUCCCAUUCAGCCAUGAGUCAGCACAAACGCAUGCUGAUUCCGGACCCCAGAGACAUUCCAGCCCAAAGAGACCAGAGUCAGCCAAGUGGGCCCAUGGCUCUGAACGUUCCCCCACUGCAAGAGGAGAACCCUAGGGUGAAAUGCAGAGACUGUGGGGCCUUUGGCCACAGAUCAAGGAGCAGGAGGUGCCCCAUCAAGUGUGGCCCCUGGCACCUAGUGCCACAACCUCUGGAAACCAGGGAAGAGAAAGAGAACCAGGAUCCUCACAGGGCCCAGGCCCUCCAGAACCCAGGGACAAUAAGCCAGGCUGAGAUAGACAAGAACCUGAGCCAGCAUCCCGCCCUACACAAGGAUAGACAGACCCCAAACCUCAGCCUCUCGGCCCCAGGAAAGAAACCUGCACAGGGCCCCACACACCCUAGGCCAAAUCCCCCAAAGAAACCGAGACUUGCUCUCUGCAAACCACAGGAGGAGUCCAGUGCACGGAAUGAUUCCAAGGCCUCCUCCACAGAGAGGUCAGUCCCAGACACUAUCAAAAGCCUUGAAGAAGAGAGGCCUGGAAAAGAGGAAGAACUUGCAGGCCAGGAGCCCAGCACUGGACUGAACAAACGCUGGUGCACAGCAAUAGAGCUGCCUCACUGUCUGGCAGACCUCCCACUGAGACCCAGGAGCCAUUGCCUCCCAUGUAGCAGGCCAAGCCCUGCGCAUGAUAUUCACAAGGCACCAUGGGAUUUGGUCUCCAGGUUCAUGACAAUGGUGGCGAUCUCUCCAUGGAGAAGAGCAAGACAUUCUUCUUAG